GCCAACAUCAUCCCUGGAUCGACUGCGCAUGCGCACGACGAUCCCAUUCUUGUCCUGCAGGCAGAAUUCCGGGUGGAGAGUGUGAGAGAAAGAGAAAGACAGCAGAGAUUCUGAGGCCGAAACACUUGUCUGUCCACGACCAGAGGACAGGGAGCUGCGAGUCCGGAACCGGCUGCGGUGUUCGAGCAGGAUAUGGGCUCUCCAGGGCAGAUCCCGGGACAAAACAUGGAGCUCUAAGCUAGCCUUCUCUCCAUCCAUCCUCUCCAUUUGCUGCCUUGCACGCCGCUCGCCAAAACCACCUCUUCUACCCCUGCUGUAGCGGUUUGGCUCAGACUCCUCGAAGAGAAGACGAGGGGGAAAAAAAAAAAAGAACCCAAGUGGGAGGGAGUAGUAAACUUUCCCCAGCUGCUGUCCAGACACACACAUGCUGCAUUGCUGCCAUUCCCCAAGCCCUGCUCCAUCCAUCCCUAGGGCACGGCCACUAGCUUGCUAGCGAGCUAGCGCUUCACACAAAGAGGAGGCCUGUCCUCUGGGAUAAAAAUACAAACAGACUGUGUACACUUGCCUCUUCUUUUUUUUUUUUUUCCUCCCCUUUUCCGGGUCACCCAUUAACUGGGGCUCCUUUUGUUUAGCUGUCAUUCCCGCUGCUUUGAGCAGUGGAGGAUUGCUAGUAGGCAGUCAGUUAGUCAUUCAUUCAUCCAGGCAGACUGAGGAAGCCUGAGGAGUUGGUUAUCAGAGGCCAGGAUGACAGAGCCCAGCAUGGAGAACUGCCUGGCCCAGGUCCUGCAGAAGGACAUGGGCCGCCGGCUGCAGGUGGGUCAGGAAAUCAUUGAUUACAUUUUGGACAAGGAGAAGUCCCACGACCUGGAGCAGGACCAGACGGCACUGGACAAAAUGGUGGAUGGAAUCGCCAGCUCGUGGGUCAACUCCAGCAACUUCAAGGUGGCUCUGCUCGGUUUGGACCUCUUAUCUGCCUUAGUGACGAGGUUACAGGAGAGAUUCAGGGCCCAUGUAGGAACAGUUCUGCCCAGCCUUAUUGAUCGAUUGGGAGAUUCGAAAGACCAAGUGAGAGACCAAGACCAAACACUGCUGCUAAAGAUCAUGGAACAAGCCACAACCCCACAGUACGUGUGGGACAGAAUGCUGGGAGGCUUCAAACACAAGAACAACAGGACCAGAGAAGGAGUGUGCCUUUGUCUCAUCGCCACGCUGAACACAUACGGAGCUCAAGGCCUGACGCUCAGUAAAAUUGUCCCCCACAUAUGUAACCUCCUGGGAGACCCCACAAGUCAGGUCCGUGACGGGGCGAUGAGCUCCCUGGUGGAGAUCUACAGACACGUGGGCGAGAGGGUGAGGAUGGAUCUCAGCAAAAAAGGCCUUCCACAGUCACGGUUGAAUGUAAUCUUCAGCAAAUUUGAUGAAGUCCAAAGAUCCGGGAACAUGAUCUCAUCCUCUGGCUCAGAUAAGAACUUUGAGGAUGAAGACUCUGUGGAUGGAGGCCGGUCCUCCUCCUCGUCAUCAUCCAAAGCGCCCCCCGGUGGCAGGAGGACUGUAGUGAGCUCAGUGAGGAGACCCAGCUCAGCCACCACACCGAAGGCCUCAGGUAAAGAAGCAGGUGCCGGUGCUGUUGAUGAAGAAGAUUUCAUCAAAGCGUUUGAAGAUGUGCCAACAGUCGCGAUCUACUCUAACAGAGAGUUGGAGGAUCAGAUGUCAAAGAUCAGAGAGAUGCUGUCUGAUGACAAACAUGACUGGGAGCACCGAGUGGUGGCGAUGAAGAAGGUCCGCUCUCUCAUGCUGGCCGGAGCGGCUGAGUACGAAGGUUUUCCUCAGCAGCUUCGUCUCCUGGAGGCUCCUUUAAAACUGUCGGCUAAAGAUCUGCGCUCACAGGUGGUCCGAGAGACCUGCAUCACACUGGGACAUUUGUCGUCAUUGCUGGGUAACAAGUUUGACCACGGGGCGGAGAGCAUCAUGCCCACGCUGCUGAACCUCGUGCCCAACAGUGCCAAAGUCAUGGCCACGUCUGGAAUGGCCGCCAUCCGCCUCAUCCUCAGGCACACACACUACCCGCGUCUCAUCCCCAUCAUCACCAGUAACUGCACGUCCAAAUCAGUGGCAGUCAGACGACGCUGUUACGAGUUCCUGGACCUCAUGUUACAAGAGUGGCACACUAAUACACUGGAAAGACACGUGGCCGUUCUGACCGAGACCAUCAAGAAAGGCAUCCACGAUGCGGACUCUGAGGCCAGAUCCAUCGCCAGAAAGUGCUAUUGGGGUUUCCACGGUCACUACAGCCGCGAGGCAGAGCACCUGUUCCAGGCGCUGGAGUCGACCUAUCAGAAGGCCCUCCAGUCUCACCUGAGGAGCUCUGACAGCAUCGUGUCUCUGCCGCAGUCGGACCGAUCCUCGUCGUCUUCCCAGGAGAGUCUUAACCGGCCGUUGUCCGUGAAGAGCGUCAUCGGAGGGAGUAUAACAAGAAGUAAGUCACUUCGUAAGCUGGUGGGCUCCAGGGUUCACACCACGCCUGGUUCUCUGCAGCGCUCUCGCAGUGACAUCGAUGUAAACGCCGCCUCCAGCGCAAAGUCACGUCUGUCCACCGUUCCUGCCUCCUCGCCGUUCAGCUCGGCGGCUGCUCUGCCGCCAGGAUCCUACGCCUCAUUAGAUGGCACUCCUGGUAAAAGUGAUGGUCGCGUUCGUACCCGGAGACAGAGCUCGGGCAGCGUGGGCGGGGCCAGCACCUCGGUGGUGGACAGCAGGGGGCGCAGUCGUGCCAAAGUUGUCUCCCAGUCCCAGCGAUCCAGAUCAGCCAAUCCCAUCAGUGCCGGCAGUCGCUCCAGCUCUCCAGGAAAGCUGCUCGGCCACAGCAGCUACGGCCGGAUCCCUCGCGCCACGGUGUCGGCCUCCACCACGCCAGCCGACAAGCGCAGCAGGAUCCCUCGCAGCCAGGGCUGCAGCCGCGAGACCAGCCCCAGCCGACUGGGCCUCGCCAGCCUGUGUGGUAAAGCUCUUCUUCCUGCUGCUCUUCCCUACCGCACGCUAGCCCGGAGCCGCAUUCCCCGUCCCAGCAUGAGUCAGGGCUGCAGUCGUGACACCAGUCGCGAGAGCAGCCGCGACACCAGCCCCGCUCGGGGCUUCGCUCCUCUCGCCUCCCGACGUCACUCCCGUUCAACCAGCGCUCUCUCCACAGCCGACCCCCACAGCCAGUCAGAUCGAUACGGUUUGAUCCACCAAGCGAGAAUCUCGGCGUCGGUCAACGCCAUGAGGGUCCUUAACACGGGCACGGAGGUGGAGGCAGCAGUGGCUGAUGCUCUGCUGUUAGGAGACUCCAGGAAUAAGAGGAAGCCGCUGAGGCGGAGGUACGAAUCCCCGGGGAUGUACUCCGACGACGACGCCAACAGCGACGCGUCCAGCGCCUGCUCGGAGCGCUCGUACGGCUCCAGGAACGGAGGCAUCCCACAUUACCUGCGGCAGACGGAGGACGUGGCGGAGAUCCUGAACCACUGUGCCAGCUCCAACUGGUCAGAGAGGAAGGAGGGACUGCUGGGCCUGCAGAACCUCCUCAAGAGCCAAAGAAUACUGAGCCGAGUGGAGCUGAAGAGACUCUGUGAGAUCUUCACCAGGAUGUUUGCAGAUCCACACAGCAAGAGAGUGUUCAGCAUGUUCCUGGAGACUCUGGUGGACUUCAUCACGGUCCACAGGGAGGACCUGCAGGACUGGCUCUUCGUCCUGCUCACUCAGCUGCUGAAGAAGAUGGGGGCAGAUCUGCUGGGCUCCGUCCAGGCCAAAGUCCAGAAGGCCCUGGACAUCACAAGGGAUUCGUUCCCAUUCGACCAACAGUUCAACAUCCUGAUGAGGUUCAUCGUCGAUCAGACUCAGACGCCCAAUCUCAAGGUGAAGGUGGCCAUUUUGAAGUACAUCGAGUGUCUGGCUCGACAGAUGGACCCGACGGACUUCGUCAACUCCAGCGAGACGCGCCUGGCCGUGUCUCGCAUCAUCACCUGGACCACUGAGCCCAAAAGUUCUGAUGUCAGGAAGGCGGCCCAGGUGGUGCUGAUCGCUCUGUUUGAGCUCAACACGCCCGAGUUCACCAUGCUGCUGGGAGCUCUGCCCAAAACGUUCCAGGACGGAGCCACCAAACUGCUGCACAACCACCUGAAGAACUCCAGCAACACCAGCAGCAGCAGCGUGGGGUCUCCGAGCAACACCAUCGGUCGGACGCCUCAACGCCACACCUCCAGCAGAACCAGCCCCCUCACCUCCCCAACAAACUGUUCCCACGGAGGACUGUCCCCGAGUCGGUUAUGGGGUUGGGGUGUCGACGGACUGUCAAAGCACCCCCCUGCCCCUCCUCCUCCUCCUCCGCCCCACUCCACCCCUGCUGCCCCCUCCCUCAGGGUCCUGCGCAGAGCAUAUUCACCCAGCAUGAUGGAGUACGACACGGAGAACAUGAACUCAGAGGAGAUCUACAGCUCGCUGCGUGGCGUCACCGAGGCCAUCCAGAGCUUCAGCUACCGCAGCCAGGAGGACCUGAACGAGCCGAUCAGGCAGGAGGGCAAGAGGGACGAUGCAGCAGGAAGAGAGGGCGUAGCGUCCUCUCCCGGCUCUGACGCCCGUCUGGGUUUAGACAUGGUGGAAGGAGGUCGCACCGCCUUAGACAACAAGACGUCACUGCUCAACACGCCGUCGCCUCGCUCGUUCUCCGGGCCACGAGGCCGCGAGUUCGCUCCUUACGGCUACGGAGAAACCAUCUGCACGUACGACAAGAGCGCCCUGAAGGAGGCCGUCUUCGACGACGACGUGGAGCAGUUCCGUGACUGCCGACGUCAGGAAAGUGGUGAAAACAAGAUGACGAUCCCCAAGCUCUUUGGUCCUAGUAAAGUCGGUCAGGACCACUCAGACAUGGUUGCCGACCUGCUUAAGGAACUGUCCAAUCACAACGAGCGCUCUGAGGAGCGUAAGGGCGCCCUGGUGGAGCUGCUGAAGAUCACGCGGGAGGACAACAUGGCUGUGUGGGACGAACACUUCAAAACCAUCCUCCUCCUCCUGCUGGAGACGCUGGGCGAUAAAGACCACACCAUCCGAGCUCUGGCCCUGCGUGUGCUGAAAGAAAUUCUGAGGAACCAGCCGGCCCGCUUCAAAAACUACGCCGAGCUCACCAUCAUGAAGACCCUGGAGGCUCACAAAGACUCUCACAAGGAGGUGGUGCGUGCAGCCGAGGAGGCGGCGUCCACCCUGGCCGGCUCCAUCCACCCCGAGCAGUGCAUCAAGGUGCUGUGCCCCAUCGUGCAGACAGCCGACUACCCCAUCAACCUGGCCGCCAUCAAGAUGCAAACCAAAGUCAUCGAACGCAUCGCCAAGGAUUCCUUACUGCAGCUGCUGCCCGACAUCAUCCCCGGACUCCUGCAGGGCUAUGACAACACAGAGAGCAGCGUUCGCAAGGCCAGCGUGUUCUGUCUCGUGGCUAUCUACUCCGUGAUUGGCGAGGAUCUCAAACCCCACCUGGCACAGCUCACGGGCAGCAAGAUGAAGUUACUGAACUUGUACAUCAAACGAGCCCAGACGACCAACAGCAAUAGCAGCAGCUCGUCUGACGUCUCCUCUCACAGUUAAUGGAGGGAGGGUUCGGUCAGAGACCGUGUGGAUGGACGCCGGCGGAGGUUUUCCACAUCAACCUCACUUCCUUCAGACUCCCCCCGUCUCUGAGCUUCUGCCUCCUUCUCAUCACAACUCGAGCUCCACUCCGCUUUUUCUUCCUGUUUCGAGGGAGAUCGUCACAGCAACCUCUUCGUCGUUCAGUUCCUCCUCCCCGCCUCUGCUCUAGAAACUUUUGAAUGUAACUGUGGAUUGGUUUUUCUCGACCGGUGGGGAGGGGAGUCACCACAUUUGGGGAGUUUUUGGAUGUAAGAAAUGCACUUUCGUUUCUCUUCCUCCUCAGUUCCCAACAACCUCCACACAGAAAGUUUCUCCUCCAGGUUUGGUAGCGUUAAGGAGUUCGUACAUGAUGCCGUGAAAUGUUCAUCACCCGAGUGGAGGAAAUGUUAUCGUGCCAGAGAAAUUAACGUCAAAUCGACUGCAGUUGUUUUGGGAUGAAAUGUCAUUUGGCUGGCCCAGUGAUGGUUGGGAGCAUAAAAACCAAAAGGAAAAAAAAAAAAAAGGAAAUGUUCAAGAACAAUGUGACAUAAAAAAAAAACUAAAGUACUGUAUGAGCAUUUUAAGUUAAUGUUUAUUGAUUUUGAUCAUGGCUCAUUGAAGUGUAGCCUUUUUUUAUGCUGAUUUCUAAUUAAGAGUUGCUCCAUCGAUUGAAUUCCCCUUUUCAAAAAAAGCUACAGAAUUGACAAUCCUUCAAAUUUCAGUGCAGAUCUUUUUUCACAAAUGUAGAGAAGAUGAAAUCGCUGUUAAACUGCACGUGUAAAACUGUCUGAAUUUAUCUUAAAACUCACAAUCAGCAGACAGAAGUUGAGCCGAUGGAAACGCCGCCUGUAUUUUCACCCUCAGCGUUCAGAAAAGGUGCUUCUUCUUGUCCGAUGUGCGUUCACAAACGGCUGCCCGUCGGGUUGCCGGUUUGUUGCAUCUUAACCUGUAAAUGUCCGAGGCUGCUGCUCAGUCGAGAGUUUGAAGAGGGAGAAGCCCCUUUUGUAAAUACUGCAGAUGUUUCCCCUCCUUCCCCUGCUCGGAGUUCGAUGUGAGACAGUCGAAUAAAAGACGUUUACCAGGCCUUAUUCACUUCACACACACACACACGUUCGUCGACUGGGACUGCAGAGAGUGAACGGGAUGUACAGCACUCUCAGAACAAAAACAAAAAAAAUAAUGUGAAUCUGCAGGAAACCGGAGCCGCGGCGGCGUUCUUAACCUGCGAUGAAAAACAGUAUUAGUCGUUCAGUUUCCUCCUCACGUAACCACAAGCUUUCUGCAAUAACCCGCAAAUCCACACGUCAAGGUAUUUUGUACAUACACUUUUUGACCCACUGCUUCGCAAGAUUUUACAUGUCAAUGGGAAAACAAAACAAAACAAAACAAAAAAAAGAGGUGAACAGGUUUACUAUCUAACUUUUUUGCACGUUAGCAAAAAUUAGCUUGCAUGAAACCUGCAGCACAUGUCAACUCAGUGCUGUCAUGAAGGGCCCAGGGGGGAUUUUUGGCUGAUAAAGUGCACUUGUAACAUCAUCAGAUUACUCAUCUCUGAUUUAAUGUUUCAGUAGACGGAGGUCGUCACGUUAGUCAUUAAGAAAAAAAAGGUACAAAAACGGAGCCAAAACCAUGCGAGCUGGCAGACGUGGUGUCCAGGCAGGGUGCUGCGGCAUCGUACCUCUGAUCACGGCUGCGUUUUUUAAUUUUGUUUCAGUGUUAAGUUUUUGUUUCUUGAAGCUUUAAAACUUUGUCCAUGGGGUUGAUUUUUAUUAUUAUUUGAUUACGAUUUGGUUCAGAAGGACCAGACUCAUCAUGCCUUUUAAAUGAUCGAAUUUGCUGUCUUCUAGCAAGUUAAUAAUAAUUAAACAAAAUAAUAAUAAUAUAAGUAUUGAUGAUUUAUCGUCCUUGGAGGGACAGCUUGGGAUUUUUAUUUGAGUGUUUUGUUUUCAUUCAUGGAAUCCACUGAAAACGGGCCAAUUGUGGUUAUUUAAGUAAAUGAAUGUACAGAUUUACAUGUGUUAUAAUUAGCUUUUUAAGUAUUGGUACUGAGACUGACUUCAGCGACAUGCAGCCCUGUACACUCUGCAAUAUGCCUGCCUGUCUGCACUCCACCUUACUUUUUUCUCCGCCUUGUUUGGUUUUUAAUCGAGCCUUCUACCAAUCAGACUGCCGGUCGCUCGCAUCUGUUACACGUCACUGGUCCUACAAACAAACAAACAAACAAACAAACAAAUAAAUAACGAUGGUUUUCCUCGCAAACUGUUCACUAUGCAUGUUCUACAGUACACUGUCUUUCUUUUGUCUCAGUCGGUCAUGUAAUAUUCAAGCCUGUAUUUAUAUAUUUUAUUUUAUUUUAUUUUAUUUUGUCCUCUCAUGAUAAAACUGUACAGAAGGGUUUUCUUUUUUGUUAAACUUCCACCCGUGAUAGAUCCGCAACAAUGUAAAGAAAUUGUUUGCUCUAGAAAUAAACGGAAUAAGAACUGA